AUGCCGUCCUCCAAGACAGACACUGCGAUGCGGUUCCCGGCGAGCGAACACCAACAACGCCGGAUUUGGACUACCCAAGACAAGAAAGCUGCAGCCAGGGCAAACAAUGAGCUCGAAUAUGGCAAGAAUAAAUCCCAGGAGAGCACGGCUUGGUCUCCGGAGCAAAUGCUUGAAUCCCACAUGAACGCGGCGGGCAAUCCCGAGCCCGACCCAGCAACUUUCGGCGAUGGAGCCAAAGCCAAAGCGAAGAACAAGUCGGGUCAAAUGGAGGAGGCAGACAUGUUCGAGGCGAUGAAUGCGGACACAACUCGAUUUGACGGGGAGAUGGCGCUAGAUCCGCGAUUCUACCGACACCUCGGCCACGGGCAUGGGCCUGGCUCGAUUUCGUCUGCGACAUCGUCCGAAUCCUCUGCAUUUACCGGAAUCACAUCGCCUAGCAUGCUUUCGACAUCGGCCUCUGCCGCAGUUAUGCGAUCAACGGCAUCCAGUCCUUCCCUUCGAGCUCGAGAGAGCGUAUCCGUGCCGAUCAACCAUCAAGAUGGAGUCGCAAGCCCUUCACCUGGCGGCAACGUGCGAGUAGUGGUUCGAGUUCGGAAAUUCCUUCCACGAGAGAUUGAACGUCAGGCAGAAUGUUUGAUAGAGAUGAACCCUGCAACUCAGAUGACGCGCCUUAAAGCGCCCAGACCAAGCCCAGAUGAUCGCGGAAAGCCGAAAUCUCAAGCACGAGGAAAAGUCCUGGAGGAUAAAUCAUUCACCUUCGAUAACUCGUUCUGGUCACACGAUGAGCGAGAUGAUCACUAUGCGCACCAAGAAGACGUCUACAACUGUCUAGGAGAAGAGUUUCUGGAUCACAACUUCGAGGGAUACCAUACCUGCAUCUUUGCCUAUGGCCAGACGGGAUCUGGGAAAAGUUACACGAUGAUGGGCACCCCGGAACAACCUGGCUUGAUCCCACGAACCUGCGAGGACUUGUUCGAGCGGAUAGAGUCCUCGCCAUCUCCGGAUAUCAGCUACAAUGUCCGGGUGUCGUACUUUGAGGUUUACAACGAACACGUGCGGGAUCUUCUAGUUCCCAGAACUGACCCCCCUCACUAUCUUCGAAUCAGGGAGUCUCCAUCGGAGGGUCCCUAUGUCAAAGACUUGACCGAGGUCACAGCGAGAAAUUACAACGAACUGAUGAGAUUCAUGCGCAAAGGUGAUGUGUCGCGUACUGUGGCGAGCACCAAAAUGAACGACACGUCCUCGCGAUCUCACGCCGUAUUCACCAUCACACUAAAACAAAUACAUCACGAUCUCUCUACGGAUGAGACGACGGAACGAACAGCUCGCAUUCGGUUGGUUGACCUUGCAGGCUCCGAGCGUGCCAAGGCGACUGAAGCAACGGGUGCACGUCUGCGUGAAGGCUCUAAUAUCAACAAGUCCCUGACCACGUUGGGUCGAGUUAUUGCAGCUUUAGCUGACCCAGAGAAGAUUCGAGGAGGCCGAAAGGGCAAAUCCCUGGUCCCAUAUCGAGAUUCAAUCCUGACUUGGCUCUUAAAAGACAGUCUGGGCGGUAAUUCCAAGACAGCCAUGAUUGCAUGUAUCUCUCCCGCCGAUUAUGAGGAGACACUCUCGACCCUUCGGUAUGCUGAUCAGGCAAAACGCAUCCGAACCCGCGCUCGUGUGAAUCAGGACCAUGUCUCUGCUGCCGAACGUGACCAGCAGAUCGCCGAGAUGGCCGAGACUAUCCGUACUCUUCAGCUGAGCGUGAGUCAAGCGCAUGCCAAUGCACGUGCAACCGAGCAGCAGGACGAACGGUUGGAGGAAUACCAACAAAAGGUGGAGAAGAUGCAGAGACUGAUGGAGGAGACGAAGAUGGUCAGCGAGUGCAAGAUUCGCCAAUUACAGACGGAGAAUGAAGCUCUGCGCAUGCAUCUGAAGCUGGCACUGGAGAGUUUGAAGAAUCCCAUUCCUGCUGUGGCACUCGGAUCGCCUGAACCAUCACUGGCCGAGGAGGAUCACAACCAGCGGGGUCCGGACGGGUCUCCGACCAUCGGUCCACCAGAAUCGGAGCCAGAGAUUUGGGAGGAUGAGGACGAGGACGAGGAUGACGAAGAUGACGACGACACGAUUAUUUUUGGCAAUGACGAGAACGAUGCAUAUCAGAUGCAGGAGCGCAUGCAAGACCUACUCGGUGAUCUCGGCAUGUUCAAGCGUAAACUUGCCUCUGACCACGAACGCUGGCGACCUACCAGUGAGCAUUUGGGUGUCCGAAAACGCCGAGUGCUCGGCAGCGUUACUUCCAACACUCUUUAA